AGCAGCAGCGGAGGUAGGAUAGUAAAAAUAGCUCGCCCAGAAGUACUACCAUCAACGACAGCACGAUGGGUGGCUUUCCGUUCGAGCGAACGACGGUUGACAGCUUUCUGUCACGCUACACGACGGAAACAUCGAUACCGACCGCAACGACAACGGUCAUGGCCGUGGAGGAGCUUUUCUUUAACGUCACACCGUCAUCGGAUUCGCUGCCUACUGCCAACGGUACGCUGGACGUCCUUGCGGAGGAAUCGGAACCGACCUACUCGCUGGCGCAGAUCAUCAUCCUUGGCAUCAUUGCGACUGUGCUGAGCAUUCUCACCGUAGCCGGCAACGUGAUGGUGAUGAUCUCGUUCAAAAUCGACAAACAGCUGCAAACGAUCAGCAACUACUUUCUGUUUUCGCUCGCGAUUGCCGACUUUGCGAUCGGCCUAAUCUCGAUGCCACUGUUUUCCGUCACCACGCUGCUCGGCUACUGGCCGCUUGGACCACACAUCUGUGACACCUGGCUUGCGCUGGACUAUCUAGCAUCGAAUGCCUCCGUGCUGAACCUGUUGAUCAUUAGCUUUGAUCGGUACUUUAGCGUCACGCGCCCACUGACGUAUCGAGCGAAACGAACGACGACCAGGGCGGCCAUCAUGAUCGGUGCCGCCUGGGGUAUUAGCUUGCUGCUGUGGCCACCCUGGAUCUACAGCUGGCCAUACAUUGAGGGCAAGCGAACAGUGCCCGAGAAGGAGUGCUACAUUCAGUUCAUCGAGACCAAUCACUACAUUACCUUCGGUACGGCGAUUGCAGCGUUUUAUGUGCCCGUCACCGUGAUGUGCUUCCUCUACUAUAGGAUAUGGCGUGAGACGAAGAAACGACAGAAGGAGCUAAAAAAUCUCACCGGUGAUCGGAAAAAAGAUUCCUCAAAGCGGUCCAAUUCAAGCGAUGAAAACACAGCCGUCAACCAUUCUGGAGGUCACGUGCUGCCCGCCAGUGUUGCCGAUCCGGACGGUUGGCGAAGGCCGCGCAGUGAGUCUUCGGCGGAUGCGGAAAGCGUCUACAUGACCAAUGCCGUCCUUCCGGACGGUGCCUACGGACAUGGCAUGUUGUCCCGACGUUCAAGCAUCACUAUGAACGGAGUCCCGAAAAAGCCGACCACCUUCUUCGGAGGCAUCAAGGAGUGGUGCAUUGCGUGGUGGCAUUCCGGGCGCGAGGACUCCGACGACUACGGGUAUGACGUCGAGGAACCGUCGGACUUAGGGUAUGCAACACCUGUAUCCAUAGAAACUCCCCUACCAAGCUCAGUCACCAGAUGCACCUCACUGAAUGUGAUUCGCGAUCCAUACGUGGCCGGUAGUGGCGGUCGCAGUAACGUUGUCAGCAUGAUUCCGGACAUUUCACCGACCCCGAUAAGGCCUGCGCUGCCACCGUUGGCCCACCUUCAAGAUAUGCACGGUGCGCGGGACUCACGCUCCCUCCCGAACAGCAAUCGCUUGGGAUCGCGCUCGGUCAGCCAAGAUUCGGUGUACACCAUCCUCAUACGGCUACCGCCCGAGGGUGGAUCGGGCGACGAACGGGCCCCCUCGAUCAAGAUGAUACAGGACGACGUGCCGAUGUCGAUGACGGUACCACCGAGACGUCCGCUGCCGUCGCGCGAUUCCGACUACAUCAUACCGGUGGCGACCCGGCGCCAAUCGACCGCAACCACCGACUUCCGGUUACCGCUGUCGGCGAAAAUCAUCUCGAAACCGCUGUCGAAGCAGCAGCAGCAACUGCACCAAGCUAACCUCGCGCAAACGGCCCGCCAGGUGAAGAAGAAGAAAAAAUCGCAAGAAAAGCGACAGGAAACGAAGGCGGCCAAAACGCUGUCCGCUAUCCUGCUGAGCUUCAUCAUUACCUGGACGCCGUACAACAUUCUGGUGCUGCUGAAACCGCUGACCGCGUGCGCCAAAUGCAUUCCCCAGGAGCUGUGGGACUUUUUCUACGCCCUCUGCUACAUCAACUCGACCAUCAAUCCGGUCUGUUACGCGCUGUGCAAUGCUUCGUUCCGGCGGACCUAUGUGCGCAUACUGACGUGCAAGUGGCACACGCGCAACCGGGAAGCGAUGACACGCGGUGUGUACAAUUAA